UGAAGAAAUUAUCUUAGCCUAAAAAUUUAUUUAUCAAAAUCUUAUUUUUGAUUUCACUUUAGCUACUAUUACUCUGUUCUUUCAUGUCCUUCAUUCAACUCCUUCGUGGCUGCACAAGCUCAAAGUCCCUCUUCAAUGGCAAGUCACUCCAUGCUCAGCUACUCAAACUUGGGUCCCAAAAUGCAGACAUUUUCACAAACAAUCACUUGCUCACAAUGUACUUAAAACUCAAUCAACUUGAUGAUGCCCAACAACUGUUCGACAGAAUGCCUGAACGAAACAUCAUUUCUUGGACAACAUUGAUUUCCACAUAUUCUCAAUUGGGGAGUAUCAAGAAGGAUUGAACAUGUUCGUGUUGGCGUUGAGGGGAGGGGUGAUAUUGAAUGAGUUUUUCUGUGGGAGUGUUUUGGGCGCUUGUGCUGCGAUAAAAAGUUUGCAACUUGGAAUGCAAAUUCAUGGUUUGAUUGUUAAGUCUAGUUUGGGGAUGGAUCAGUUUGUGGUGACUGGUUUGAUUAAUUUUUACGCUAAAUGUGGUCGAUUGGAAUUGGCACGUCAAGCUUUUGAUGAGGCAGAUGAACCGGAGUUGCAUGCUUGGACUGCGAUUAUUGGAGGUUGUGUGCAGUUAGGGAGUGGAAGAGAGGCCAUUGAACUUUUCUGCAAGUUGCUUUCCUCGGGGUUGAAACCAAGCGAGAGAACAUUUUCAUCAGUUAUUGGAGCUUUUGCUGAUAUAAAAGAACUUAGAGUUGGGAAACAGAUUCAUUCCCGGAUUGUAAAACAGGGAUUCGACUCAUUUAGUUUCGUAUGCAAUGCUUUGUUGGAUUUUUACUCCAAAAGUGAAUUGUUUGAGAAAUCAUUAAAGCUCUUUCAAGAAAUGAAAGAACAUGAUGUUGUUAGCUGGAAUACGCUAAUUGCUGGAUGUGUGAGCUCAGGUCGGUAUGAAGAAGCUUUGAGAUUUCUCAGGGAAAUGUUGCUUGAGGGUUUUGAACCAAGUCUAUACACAUACUCAAGCAUUUUGAGCAUUUGUGGAGAUUUACCAGCUAUUGAAUGGGGCAAGCAAACCCAUUGCCGUGUACUGAAGUCUAGAUUUGAUUCCAAUGUGGUUGUUGACAGCGCCCUCAUUGAUAUGUAUGCUAAAUGUGGACGACUUGGUUAUGCACGUAGAGUUUUUGACAUCCUUCCCGCGAAAAACUUGAUAUCUUGGAACACCAUGGUUGUAGGAUACGCCCAGCAUGGGUUUGGGAAAGAAGCUUUGGAAAUUUAUGGUAUGAUGCAGAGCAGUGAGGUUAAGCCUAACGACAUUACAUUUCUUGGAGUAUUAUCUGCCUGUGGACACGUUGGACUUUUAGACGAAGGACUUCACCAUUUUACUAGCAUGACUAAGGUGCACGAAAUCAUUCCAAGGACAGAUCACUUGGCUUGUGUAGUCAGUCUAUUCGCACGCAAAGGAAAAACAAAAGAAGCUUAUCGUUUCAUAAAGAGCUUUUCAGGGGAACCGGAUAAGGUAGUGUGGCGUUGUCUCUUGUCUGGUUGCAAAGCUAAUAGAGACUUUGUCUUGGGGAAAUAUGCUGCUGAAAAGAUUCUAGAUAUCGAUCCUGAUGAUACUUCAGCCUACAUUGUAUUAUCUAACAUUUACGCGGAGUUACAGAUGUGGGAUGAAACAGCCAAGAUUAGGAAACUGAUAAAGGCGAAGGCGUUAAAGAAGGAAACUGGACAUAGUUGGAUUGAAUUACAGAACAAAAUGUAUACAUUCUCGGCAUGUAAUAUCAUGUCCCUUCAAGAAAGUUAUCUGCAGCAAGUUUUGACUGGAUUGACAGCCCAAUUGUUAGAUUCAGGGUAUGUCCCUGAUCUCAUGUUUUCGCUGAAUUUUGAGGAGCAAGUUAUCUGAUAACGAGUUAUCCAUCCGUGCUUGGAUAACUCGUUAUCAGACUACAAUGAAUCGACAGUGCUGAAACCUCAUUAUGUGAGAGGUCAACACUCAACAAGGUUAACUCCUUAUGACUUCAAUAUGUCUCCAGCAAACUCGGUCCCAAGCCUGAAUAGAGGAGGAGGAUUAUAGACAGUUGACUAGCAACAUAGAGAUAGUCUAACUACGAAGAUCCUCUUCGUAGAUGUAAGAGGAUUCAUAUAAUCGAUUCCAACUAGGUUUCUAUCAGGAGUUAGUUACUAUUGAGAUGUCAACAAAUAUCCAUUCUUGGGCCUACUCCAGUUGACCAUCCCAACACAGUAAUGCCCCCAAGGGAUCGGGGAGAAAUGAUAUCGUAGGGCACUUACAAUUUUUUUUUAGUUUUAUGGUCUUUUCAUAAAGAAUCUUUCGUUUUUACAGAAAUUUGAAAAGAUCAUUUUCUUCUAUUCAAGUUGUAAGAUGACUAGAGAUCUCAAUUUUCUUGAGGGUUCACUUGAU